UGAUGAGCAGCCGCCGAUAGCCAACCGACGGGACCGCCAACCUGCCUAGCCAACCAGCAUUCGUUUUCAGAUUUAUCUUACAAAGUCUUCUCAAUUCUCAAUCCCCAUACAAAUGUGAUGGAAGAUGGAAAAUGGCAGUCUCGAGAGUUGAGAACGAAAAAAAAUGUGAAUCAAACAUUAAAAUUCUAGUGUUGGUUUAAAAGCAAAUAUUUUGAUAAUUAUUCUUCGAAUAAUUCAGUGAGAGUUUAUACGUUUUAUCAAUCUGUAACGUUAUCUACAGAAACCGUAUGUUUUUGCAAUUUUUCGCAUAAAAACAAAUACGGAAUACUCCUCCAUUUGUCAUAUUUAAUUUUUCCAUUUCUUUUUUGUCCUCGUUUUUAUUACAAAAAAUUUAUUAGCGAUUAAGGAAUAUUUAAAAAUUAUUCAUGUUGCAAUCGCAGUAGUAUGUUGACUAGUGAAUGGUAACAAUGACACCCAGACGAGCAGAGGAGCCUUCGAUCAAAAGAGUUGCUGCAUUUGGUUGUAGAUUACCGACUCGAUUACCUGCAGGUGAAAUCCUUACCGAUAUAACACAGAAACAAUGGAAACUUGGCAAUACGAUUGGGUGUGGUGGUUUCGGCGACAUUUACUUAGCUUCCAACAAUAUUCACGAGAACGUUAGUGAUAAUGCCGAAUACGUCAUCAAGAUCGAGCCUCACAACAAUGGGCCUCUCUUUGUGGAAAUGAACUUUUAUAUCCGUGCUGCCAGAAAACAAAUGAUCGAUGGUUGGUGCGAGUCUCAAGGAAUCGAAAGAAUUGGUGUGCCAACGCAUGAGGGUUCAGGAUCUCACGUUUACCAAGGAGAACGUUACAGAUUUCUUGUUAUUCCUCGAUAUGGUACUGAUGUUGGUAAAUUAUUUUUAUCACGUGGUCGCAAACUUCCGAUGAAAGUCGUCAACGGUCUUGCUAUUCAAAUGUUGGAUGCCUUGGAAUACAUUCAUAGUCGAGGAUACGCGCAUUCGGAUGUCAAAGGGUCAAACAUAAUGUUAGAUCUCGAUGACCAAGAUUUGGUCACGGACAAUUUUCGUGCCUAUUUGGUUGAUUACGGACUGGCAUAUCGUUUCCGGACACGCGCUGGAUCUCACAAACCUUUCGUACAUGACGAAAGACGAGCUCACGAAGGAACUCUCGAAUUCACUUCUCGCGACGCUCACGAUGGCACUCAUUCGAGACGAGGAGACAUGGAAACUUUAGGAUAUAAUUUGUUACAAUGGCUGUGCGGAAGAUUGCCAUGGGAACAAGAGACCGGUGGAAUGGCAACUUCGAUCAAUCCGGAAGAGGUGCAAGCUCAAAAAGAAAUAUUUCUUUCCGACAUACCGUUACUUAUGCGAGAAUGUUUUCCUAAAAAGAAAAAACCUCCCGCUGCUAUCAUGACGUAUAUGAAAUACAUAGCGGCUUUAGAAUUCGAAGAGAAACCGAAUUAUACUAGUCUGCGAAAUUUAUUUCGACUGGAUAACGACGAAAAAAUAUCCAAGUCGAUCCAUGCCAAGCGGAUUCCGGAUGAAAAUAUGUCAGCUUUCCAACCAUUCAAAAUGCCUUACUUGAGAGAAAGGCGCCCUUGCAAACCAGUUAAUGGAGAAGGUAGAAUUACGAGAAAUACACCUGCUGCGCCCAUAGAAAAAACAAAUUUCAGUUGGGAACAAGUUUUGGCGCGUCAUCCUGACAAACUUGCUAAAGUAAACCCACAACCAAAUUCAUCGCCUCUCACACCUCCACCUUCGCCACCUCCGCCCUCUUUACCAACUUACGCUAUGCUCGAUGUGAUGCGACGAAUGAGAGACAGACAAGCUGGCAUUUAUAGACAAAAAAGCAAAUCAACAGAAAGAUUUUAUGGCAAGGGAAAGAUUGAAGUCGUUCCUGACUUCGUUGUAGGGUUCACAUUCGAUUAUGAUACCAAAUUAAAAUGGAUGACACCAGCUAUGGAGGAAGUAGCACGAUUAAGACAGAAAACUCUCCUGCAAUCGUCAAACGAGUCAUCCAAAGUCACAUCGCACGGAACAAUGCAACCACUGACACGUUCACGAGUAGCACAUUUAAAGAGACUCGGGAGUGGUGUACAAAUUCAGAGAGAUUCAUCGGAUGUGUACCCUCGCAAAGGAGCUCAAAAGAAAAAGAAAUCAUCGUCCCACUGAAUCAACUGCCAAGACAGGAGAAAACGUUGCGGAAACAUUCGAGACAUAUUCGUUGCAUCAAUUGCAAAAUCAAAAUUGCAAUGACAUAACGUGAAUUGUCGAUCCUCCAGCAAACAAUUUCAAACUCAAUUCCACGUGAGCGGCUUAAUAAUAAUAUAGAAGAAAAUAUAUUAAUUUAUCAGCAACUUUUCUAAGUUGUUUUCAUGUCGAUGUCUAUGGAAAUGCAUACAGCAAAAAAUCUACAUAUACGAAUAUCAUCUUUUGAAAAUGCUGAAAAUUUUCAAAUAACGUGAUAAUUAUAAGAAAAAAACGGGCAGUUACAUGCAGCUUAGUUAAUGAAAAAUCUUUGCCCGAUACAUGUGGUGUUGAACCAUUUUUCAUAAGACUGUUUGUUCGUCGCUGCAAUUAUUUUAUUUAUUUAUUAUUUCUCACCACAAAUGUAUAUAUUCUUAUGCGACCGAAUUAAGGUAUUCCGUUUGCAGAAAGCCAUAUUUUAUGGGCAUACAAGUAGAACUUCCGAGAAUCGCUAAUAAAUUACAAUGAACCCCGAUGAACCACGAAUUGAAAGGAUUAUCACAAUUCCUAUAAUGAAGGCGAUUUGGAAAUUUCCAGAUUGGCUUUUUACAAUAUAUUGUUCAACUUUUCAACUGGAGAACAAUUGAAAAUGAUUCAAACGUGAGCGAAAACUAGUAAAAAUUACGGAAUAACAUUUGCAAAAUUGAUUGUAGCAUCGUGCAAAGGUUGUUCUGCAAUUCGUCUACUAAUCACAGUUGACGAGGUCUUGUGAAUAUUUUUCUCAUAUAUUUCGGUGAUAUUUCUUUUUUUUCUCCGUCGAAUGAUUUAAUUUUUUUUGUAUGCAUCAAGUAUUUUGUAUAAAAUGUCUAGAAUUUUUUGAUAUAUGAAUCGUAAAAUAGAAAUGGAGGAACGGGUUUUGAUAAGAUGCCGUUGGAUGCCACGAUUUUUGUGUGAAACUCGAUAUUUCACCAACUUAGUGGAGUGUAUAUUCACUUCCGACGAUUUCAAAAUAUUCGAGUUUACAAAAGGAAUACCUUAAUUAAUCUAUUUCGCCUAAUAUUAAUCUGGCAAAAUCCUGAAUAACGAUUCGAGUAUUCAUUAAAUCAUUGUUACGAUUCAGUAUUCAUUAAAUCAUUGACUUCCUUGUUCGAAAUAUUCUGAACAAUUUCUAGAGACUGCAAAAAAAGUCAAAUUCGCGACGACAAAAUUUACAGAUAUUACUCAAAACGUUCUAUCACAAAGGAAAAAGUGAUUAACCCUAUCAAGUAAAUUAGGAUAAGAAAAACUUCCAUCGGAUAAUAUUCCUGUCGUUUGAUAAACUCUUUUUGUCCUUUUCAACAUACCUUUGGUUGAACGAAAUAUCGUUUGUAAUCCCAACUGUAAAUCUCUUUAUAUUAUACGACGAAAUUGAUGCUUGAGUUUCUCAAUGGAUCGCUGAUGUGAUCGAACGUCUGGCUUUAUUCAAUAAUCUUUCACCAGUACGUCAAUCUCGCCCCUUCGCUAUCGAUGGGCAUCGUAAAAUACUCUGAAAGUGAGGAAGAAACUAAUUAUCUAUUCGUUAAUUUCUUGUAAUAGUCAUGACUUUUUGAUGUAUAUACACCACUACGUGAAAUUAUGAAUCAUAUAUGUAUCGAGCAAUGUCGAUCUCUCGCUUUUCAAAUUAUACAUUUGCUUGUGUAUAUUAUAAUAUAUACAUAUAUACACACAUUUAUGAAUAUAUUUUUUGUGAUAAUUAAUUUGUAUUAUAUUUAUAAUAAUGUAAUUGUGCCUAUGUGUGCUUUAACAUAUAGAGAAAAGUGAGAAUUCGCGCGAAAUGAACAAAAUAAAAAAAAUUAAUUUACAAAAACAUAAUUGAUGAAGAUGGUUAUUCUAACCCUUGUUUUCCUAUCAAUUUAGACUUUAAUCGAAAUUAAAAACUACUUUUUAAAAACUGCAGUAUCAUUUUGAAUAAUUUCUCACUCAUCAGAUAUCAUCGACCUGCUUUCUCUCGGGAAGAGAGCGGUAGUCACAAAGAAUUCUGAAUAAUACGCUUGGACUAAUAAGAAAAUGCUCGAUUCGACAAUCUAUUAUUCAUCGAUUAUCUACGCAUUCGCGAAGAAAUACACCUAACAACUUCACUUGUCUACUAAAGAUCGGGAUCAUUGUUAGCGAUCAGUGUUGGUAGGUUUUCGACAUGUUCGAUAACACGUUCGCAUAAGCACAGAAAAUCGAUCGGUCGUGUGUAAAAAUUUCUCGUAUUCAAGAGUGAAAAUUGAACUAGUUGACAAUUGACAUAAGAAAUGUAUCGUUCGCGAAUAAAAGUGGAUGCGAAAAAAAUAUCAGCUUCUUAUUUUACUGAUUUUUAGAUAUUUGUAUGGUCGAAGGACAAUUCUUGCAUGAAUAAUAUGUAUAUACCUACAAAUAUACCAUGUGACCAGUGCAUCGUAGCAUUGAGAAUUAUCAACGCCGCGACUUGCCGCGUUGCGAUCGACGUUCUACCACCAACAUCUGAGCUCAUUUCUCGGCGUCGUAUUUGACACAUCAAAUAUCGGAGCAUAAUAUUUCAUCGUUUGUAGAUUGUUCUGAGAGGACGUUUUCGGCGGAAAUAAAGUGGGGCCGGGAUCAAGUAAAUUUUCUUCGACUUCCGGUUCUGUGAACUCGAGUUUUCUCCGCGGGAGGUCAUCGCGUCUCGCUGUUUUUCGGGGUUUCAUCGGUGCCUUCGGGACUUCCGGUGAAGCUUUCGGAUUUUCCGGUGUUGUCAAAGAAUUCGAUCGAACAACCUCCACAAAAAAUCCAUCAGGCUAUUCAAAAAUUUACUCUUAAUCGUAAAAUGUUCCACUUUUUUUUAUACAUUCAAAUUAGCCAGUACACUCGAUUGUCUUACAAUGUAUCUAUUUAUAUUUAAACAACAAUUUGGAUUUAUCCUUGUAAAUGAUUCAAUGACCAAAAAAAUCAACUUUUAUCCGUGAAAUGUACCGAUAUUUCUUCAAAUAAAAAUUCGAAUUCGCAA